UCUCACACACAUGCGUACACCGCACCUUCUUGAACCAUCUUACGCUUUCCACAGUUUUGUCUUUCCUGACUGUCAAUUUGCAGGUGAAAGGUGUAGUGUAUGGCAGGUGAAGAGAUGCCGAGGAAGGAGCAGGGGCAGGUGAGGAAGGGGGGGCCAGCAGGAGCCCGUCCCUGGCUGAGGCGCAGCCCGCACCUCUGCUGCUCCCCUCGACUCACAACAACAACAACAUUGUGUUUAGGCCUGGCUCUCUCUCUCUCCCUCCUCAACCAUGGCUAGCAGCUCUCCUGCCACCUCACCGACUGCGGCCAUCAUCAAGUGUGUGAACUUUGCAGCUGUCAAACAUAAAGACCAAAAGCGGAAAGACCCCGAACGAACCCCGUACAUCAAUCACCCGAUUGGUGUAGCUUAUCUUCUAGUGGAGGGAGGGGUGGAAAAUUUAGAUGUCCUGCAAGCUGCUCUUCUACAUGAUACAGUUGAAGACACUCAAACUACUCUUGAAGAAAUUCUUAAUGAAUUUGGGCCUGAGGUAGCUGGCAUUGUUGCAGAGGUUACAGAUAACAAGACCCUUGACAAACAAGAAAGGAAAAGACUUCAAAUUGUAAAGGCAGCCACUGCAUCCAAUGAGGCUAAGCUCGUUAAACUAGCCGAUAAGUUGUACAACUUGCGUGACUUGGAUAGAGUCAUGCCUGAGAAUUGGACACAAAAGAGAGUAGAAGAAUACUUUCAUUGGGCAGCUCAAGUAGUUGCUGGCUGCAGAGGAACCAAUGUUUUUCUAGAAAAGGAAUUAGAUAAGCUAUUUAUAAAAAGGAAGGUACCAAUAGAUGUAUAAAUUCUUUAAAAAAAAAUGCUCCCCCCCUAAUUUACACAAAAUAUAUAAAGUACUGUAUUCCUUUCCCACUAGUUGUAUAUAAUGAUAAAUUUUCCCAGGCCUCAUUAAUAAAAUAAAUGUUAAUACUGUAUAUCCUACUGGGCAAUACCUCUUUAAAUUUUUAUUUUCUUAUCCAUAUGCCUUAUAUAGUCUUCCCGGCUUAGUGCCUUCUUUAGAUAAUUUCUUGUAUCCAUAUUUCUUUGUUGCACUGCACUUUGUCAAAACUUGCAAGUUUUUCUUUAUUAUAAUGUUUCCAUCAGCUGCAACGUUUCAAACCUCAUUAGUUUUGCUCUUCAAAUUGCCCAUAUAUACCAUUCUUCACUUCCCUACACAGUACUAAUGUAGCUUACUUCACCUCUGCUUCUCGUAUGGGCCAAUACGAGCCUCAUAUUGGGCCAAUAUUCCCUGGAAACACAAACCGAAACUGUCUCUAUUUUCCGCUUGUUACAACUUGUAAUGAAGUUGUUACAUCUUGGCUUAACGUG